GCGGGCGACCCAAGUAGAUACCUACCCCUCUUUAUACCCUCGCACUCCCACUUUCAUUUCUGGGCGAUCCUCCUUCUUAUCCAUCGCGCAUAACUAUACACUGUCCAAUUCCACUCAGGUACUUUUCGAACACAAACGCGCGACAAACACUGUCGUCAAACAAAAGACGACAAUCCGCAAGCCGAUCAACGCGCGCGUGCCUGGUAGGGCUGGCGCACAACUGACUCUCGGUCCAGUCACACUCAACACUGAUAGCGUCUUGCGCUCUUGCCUACUGCUCUUGACCGCUGCGCCUGUUCAUGACCCAUUCACCCACCUCUCUUUCAUAUAUCCUUGCUCCUUGGAAACACAUACAACAAUCCAUCUUGUACCAUCGACGUCGUACUCGAAAGCUUAUCAGUACCCGUUAUCUUAACUCCGUCAACGCGAUCCCACCGCCAUAGCAUGAGCACGACUAUCACUCGCCCCAUCUACGAAUCGCACCCUUCGGUCGACGCGUCUAUGGAAGAUUUUGAGUUUCGCGCCAACUCUCCAGAAUUCUUACGACCUGAUUCGCAUGCGCGUAUCCACUUCAUGAGCCCGACCGCUUCAGACUACUCCGAGGCAGCAACCGAACCCGACAUCAACGGAGGUUGGUCGCCGCCGGCCUGGCGUAAGGCAGGAAGUGGUUGGUUCAAGCAUCACCUUCAACAGACCGGCCUCAUGUCGCCAUAUGGAAGUAGGGAAUGCAGUCCCGAGGAAUACAGGAAGGGCUUGACGCCAUACGAUGAUGACGAUGAAGACAUCUUGGUCGCAGCAGGGAUCCCUCUUCCAAUCAGCCCUCUCAAGGGUAGAAGCCCAGAACCUAGUUACAGUCCUACCGUUGCCGCUGUGCUGAAGCAGGAUGAGGACAAGAGAAGGCAGAUGAACCACUCACAGAAGGAUGGUGACCAGUCAUGGCCCGAUAAGCAUGAUAACUAUAUCCGUUUUUCCGUUCGAGCAGACGUGCAACAGCGCACAGAACCCAUCGAAGCAGUCAUAGCCCACUUCCGCAAAGUCUGGGGUCGCUUUACCAAGAAUCGAUACACUACCUUCCUCUCAUUGAUGACAGCUUUGUUUGUGCUGACUCUCACUCGCGCAUUGUUUUCAGAACCCGUGACUGGACCUACCCCUGAUCUCGUCAAAGUGGCCGGUCUGGCCAAGUCCUUUGAACCUCUCAUGUACUACAGUGAAAACGGCCACAGUCAGGUCGUUCAGCUGGGAGAGACCGGAGUCGCCGUAUGGGACCUGGGUGAGAGCGUCCGCUCAACAAACAUGACCUCAGGUCCCAUCAUCGUGCGCGAACUCGACGAACUUUCAGAUAGUCUCAAGAACCUGGCCCACGAACUGACCCGCUUCUUCGCCGGCGUUGAUGGCGAUAUUGACAGCAUCCUCAUCGUCAUGGAGUGGGCACAAAGAGAGCUUACGAAGCUCAACACCUUGCCAGCAUCACAUAUGUCGUUGGCCUUCUCCAACCUUCACUCUCUACUGUCGCGAGUCGGCCUCCUUGAAGACCACCGGACAGGAGAACAGACCGCAGUCGGCAAGAUCGUUGCUGAGCUCUUCGGUCGUACCGCGCCGCAAGUCUCACGCGCCACCCUCCAACGCACCUUUACCGAAUUCCUCGGAGUACUCGAAGAGAGCAUCAACAAUGAGUUGACUGCAAGCAUGAGCUUGUUCGCCCACUUCGAGGCGAUCGACCGUCAAUUCCUCAACCUACAACGUGUUGUCAUUCGCGAGACCGACGCGCAGGAACGUGAAGAAAAUGAGAUGCUUGCCUCGCUGUGGGCAAGAGUUAUUGGAGUCAACGCAUCGCGAUUGAAGAAGUUCGAGAAGAACAAACAGCUCCUCUCAUCUCUGCGCGAACGCACCAUUCAGAACAAGCAUGUUCUGGUUGACCACAACGGUCGUCUGCUUCAACUCAAGAGCAACCUCGAGAUCUUGCGCAAGAAGCUAGUAUCCCCGCUUGUGAGAUCAAAUGGUACGAGCACCCUCACCGUUGACGAGCAGAUUAAGGGGCUUGAAGGCACCUAUCUCACUCUCCGGGCCACCAGAGAGGCGCAGAAGAGCCGACUGUACGAAAUCAUCCACGACUCGGGCACAAGAAGAGUGGGCAUUGUAAGGGGCCCAGACGAGGGAUACGCUAUCGAGGGUCAUUAGAUACUACAGUACAGUAAUGCUUCUGACUGCGUUCCUGCGACGGCGUCGAUGGCGUAUUCAAGAGGGAUAGGUGUUAUAUGCAGAGAGCAUUUUGGGAGGUAUUGUGGGUUGGAAUGGUAUACACCGAGGAGUCAUGUGUUUCUUGCUUUCUUGAUUUCGGGGUCAGUCUUUGAUUUUUGGUUGUCUUUCUUUCAUGAUGGGUCUGUUUCUUGGUUAUGGUAUUCAGCGUCGACAGCACCUACAGUCGCUGCGAUUGCUACUAUGAUUUUAUGUCCUCAAUGCGAUACUUACU